UAUGAUGACACCUCCCCUGAAGAUUCGAAACGACUGCCCCCUUCCUAAAGCAUGUGAGAGUCUGCACGUAGUCCUUUUUGGUCUUGGCUUGUCCACUCAGAAAAAGUAGCAAGAGAUGCCCAUCAUUGCUUCUGGACAUCUCAGAUAGGAACACUUGACUUCCAUCCUUCACGCUUCUGCCUGCACCACCAAACACUGGGACACUUUUUUUCCGAAGUCACAAUGCAUUUUAUUAGGAAGCUGCUGCCAUGUUGGUGUUUUCUGUUGCUGAGUUGUCGACCGUCAGUCUUAGCCCAUGACUUUUUCACCUCCAUAGGUCAAAUGACAGAUCUGUUGUUCACCGAGAAAGACCUCGUCACAUCCCUUAAGGACUACAUCCAAGCCGAGGAGAACAAGUUAGAGCGUGUCAAAAAGUGGGCUGAUAAAUUGGAAUCUUUGACCGCCACGGCAACACAAGACCCUGAGGGAUUCCUGGGGCACCCGGUCAAUGCCUUCAAGCUUAUGAAACGGCUCAACACGGAGUGGGGAGAUCUAGAGAGCCUCGUCCUUAGCGACACCACAGAUGGUUUUAUUUCCAACCUGACGAUUCAGAGGCGCUACUUCCCUACAGAUGAAGAUCAGACUGGCGCGGCCAAAGCUCUUCUCCGUUUGCAAGACACAUACAAAUUAGAUGCCAACACCAUCUCGACAGGAAAUCUACCUGGAGUGAAACACAAGACACUUAUGACUGCAGAGGACUGUUACGAGCUGGGAAAGAUAGCCUACUCGGAUGUUGACUACUACCACACAGAACUGUGGAUGGCACAGGCUUUGAAGCAGCUGGAUGACGGCGAGGAAUCCACUGUAGAUAAGGUGACUGUACUGGACUACCUCAGUUAUGCCAUCUACCAGCAAGGAGAGUUGGAACGCGCCUUGAGCUACACCAAGAGGCUCCUUGAACUUGAUCCAGAACAUCAGCGGGCCAAAGGCAAUGUGAAGUACUUUGAGUUCCAGCUGGAGAAGCAGAGAAAGGCAAAGAAAGAGGAGACUGCAACAGAGAAAGAACCUGAGAAGAAAGAGGCACCAGUUAAGAAAAAGAUGAAACAGAAAAAGGACAGGAAUACCUUCUCUCUGAUGCCUGAGAGGAAGAAGUAUGAAAUGCUGUGUCGCGGGGAGGGCAUCAAAAUGACCCCACGAAGGCAAAGCCGACUGUUCUGUCGUUACUACGAUAACAAUCGCAAUCCAUUCUAUCUGCUGGGACCAGUCAAACAGCAAGAUGAGUGGGACAGCCCGUAUAUAGUCCGCUUCCUCAACAUCAUCUCGGACAAAGAAAUUGAGAAGGUCAAAGAGCUGGCGAAGCCAAGGCUACGCAGGGCCACCAUCUCCAACCCCACCACGGGAGUGCUGGAGACGGCGGCAUACAGGAUCAGUAAAAGGCGAGCCACGGUGCAUGACCCCCAAACUGGGAAGCUUACUACAGCCCUAUACAGAGUCUCCAAGAGUGCUUGGCUCACUGGCUACGAAGAUCCCAUGAUCGAAAAAAUUAACCAGAGGAUUGAGGAUCUCACCGGUUUGGAGAUGGAUACAGCAGAAGAGCUGCAGGUUGCAAACUAUGGCGUUGGCGGUCAGUACGAGCCUCACUUCGACUUUGGAAGGAAAGAUGAGCCAGACGCUUUCAAAGAGCUGGGAACAGGCAACCGCAUAGCAACGUGGCUCUUCUAUAUGAGUGACGUGGCAGCAGGGGGCGCCACAGUAUUUCCAGACGUCGGCGCAUCAGUUACACCCCUAAAGGGUACUGCAGUGUUCUGGUACAAUCUCUUUCCCAAUGGGGAGGGAGACUACAGUACGCGACAUGCAGCUUGCCCUGUGCUGGUAGGCAACAAGUGGGUGUCAAACAAAUGGAUUCAUGAACGAGGCCAAGAGUGGCGGCGACCAUGUGGUCUCAAUGAGACUGACUGAUUGAAGCAAAACAAUUUCCCCACUUCCUCAGCCCAGCGCACCCUGCCGCAGAUCAGGAAUAACCCAGAAUGGAUAUUUACGAGUCAUAAUGGCUAUCUUCCACUAAGCUCAAACACUCCUUUCAUUUCCUCCAAGCCAUACUAUGCUUCGAGAAUCAGAGAUGGUUUCAAAUCAGGACAACGUUGGCGUCGCUGCUAUAGAUAGUUCACAGAUUGCCAGUUUGUGCCUAUUUUACUCCGGUGUGUGUGUGUGUAUCAUAGCGUUCUGUUUGACACAAAGUUCAAGGUUCUCUUGCUAUGCUAUCCUUCGGCAGCAGAAAACACUCUCCCUCCCUGUACCUGACAGAUUCUGCUGAUCGGUAUUCUUAAGAAGCCUGGUUCAUUCACUCCUUCAUACACCUUCUCACACGUUUACACAUCGCACUCUAAGUUGCAAAGCGAGUACCACUAGUAUAUAGCACAAUAAAUACUGUACAAGUCGGUCCUCUGGUUGCAGAAACCACAUAAAAACAAGAAUAGAUGGCUGCUAAAGCAAUGAAAAGUAGUGUUAGGCAUAAAGGCCAUCUCUCAUGUAGCAUGGUAGAAGAGUGGUUAGCACGUCUGCCUAACAUUUCUAAGGUUGGGGUCAAAUCUCGGUGUGGGUUUUCCUUGGGUAAUGCAUUGGUGUUUCUAAAACGCUCAUAGACGUAAAUGUGAGUGGGAAUGGUUGGUCGUGUUGCUGAAAAGAAAACGCUCAUAGACGUAAAUGGGAGUGGGAAUGGUUGGUCGUGUCUCUGGAAAGUUCCAGGACUAGUGACGAGAAAUAUAUCAAACUGCUAUCAAGAUUUUCCCCAUCACUAAGAAACAGGCAAUUAACCAGCUCAUGUACCUAAAGCUCCUGCGCAUCAAACUGUUAGGUUUUCCUCUUCACGGCAAUCAAGCAGCACAAAGCGAUUUUGAGCUUCUGAAAGUUCCUGGCCCUUAAGGAUAAAGUCAUGCUGGUGUACUAACCCAGCCUACCUCUGUUUAUUUUUCCCCUCAUCAAGGCAAUACGUUCUUAAGACAAUGGACACAAUGAAGGCUGUGACACCAGAACUGAGGAUGAUCCCAAAGGAAUGCUUCCAAGAAUGCAUGAAAGUGCAACAGAGAAGGCUGGAAAAGUGCAUCAGAUUCCAAGAUCAUUUUGAAGGGGAAAAUGUGUACUUUGGAUUUUAAAUAAUUUCUGAUACACCUUUUUAGUACUGUAUUUUUCUCUGGGUGUGGGCCUGGCUUGUAUGCCCAAAGUCUUCUUGGCUAGGUGUCACCUAAUCUGUGACACUCUUAAAGGGAACCACGAAUAGAAAGACUUGUAAUUCCUAAAAGAUGGUUAUUAUAAGUUAAAAUAAUUUGAUAUUGAAACCCCUCUUUAUGUUUUCGUUUUAAUGCAUUUUGUAAAAUUAGUUUAGCUAGUAGGUCGCCAUUGUUGUUGACGUCGCAGGGCGAUGAUGUUGCUGGGUUACGCUGCUGGGCUUCCAGAUUAUGACUGUAGCGACAUAAACACGUCAUCUCUUCAGCCCUUUCAAUUUGAACCCGAGUGGAAUAUUACUGAGCAUGACAACACUGUCGAUAUUUUCACAAAACGAGCAGCAAAAGCAAAAUGAACAGAAAAACGGAAUAACACGAGAGUAGGACAAAACCGGUGUUCUGCCAAAAUGUGCUACACCGGCCAAACGUCUGCAAGAGGCGAAUUUGACACCCAAAUUACUACUGUGCGCUUUCAGCUUGUUUUGUUUAGAUACAUACGGACAGAACAUACUAAGGAUGCCUGAAGAAAAUACUUAAACGUAGUAAUAUUAAAUAAGGGUGGUUUAAAUACGCUACGUGACUCAUGUGGUCAACAGAUCAACAAUCGGUUUUAAAGCUACCAGAAGAAAACAAUCCUUAAAAAAAAAGGAAACACAUGCAAAAAGUAUUUUGAGGCAGUGGAAAGCCAAUUAAAGACUCGACAAAAAUACAAAUAGUAAGUACUCGCCGCUUUUAACUUAUGUGCGCAUGCAGAGGCGUAGCAAGGGUCCCCGGGGGCCCCAGGCAACAAGCAACAUGGGGCCCUUCGAGCGUAUGCAAGUAAGGGGGACAGUUGGACUUGGGAGCAAUAGCAUAUUUAAUAAAAGUAUAAUAACGCCAUGGUCUCAUAGAUCGCUUUUUAGGACACUCAAAGUGCCCGGCUUCUACUACAUUAGACAUAAAACUACAGUAACAUAGUACACUCACCGCUGUCUGGCUUCCUUUUCUCCUGCUUUUUUAUUUUUUCUUUUGUCACUUCCAGAAGGAUAACUUCUCUUUAUUUUGGACAUACGGCAAUUAAAAAAAAGCCAAAUCGCCGCUCACUCUCACUCACGUGAGAGGCUGAGGGUGUAGAGCGAGUGAAGGGGCCCCUUCAGGGAACUCAGACACAAGGCUUUCACUGGCUAAAGCUGCGUGUGCUAAAUCUGUUGGCCCUCUGGGGGCCCCUGCUGGCUGGGGGCCCUAGGCAAUUGCCUGGUUUGCCUAAUGGGACGCGACACCUCUGUGUGCAUUCAUUGAAUGUCUCACCACGUACGAAGGAAUUGCAGAACACCGGUAGUGUUCUUCUAGUGACAGUGACAAACUACGUCAUCACCCCGCGCGUCCAUUGCACGCAUAAAAGAUAUACUAAAUAUUGUAGAUUUUUAUAUCAAUGGCAAUAUUUUAUGUGUUUCUAAUAACAUAUUUUCGUAAAAGAGAACAAUUGUGGGUUAUUAGAGCCAACAAGUCUAUGUCCGAAGUUCCCUUUAUGAAAAACCAGGACAGAAAUGGAAGGGUAUAUGGGCUUUCCCAAAGUAAGCAUAUCCACAUAACACAAAAACAUACACGUACAACAUGAAAUCGGGUGUUUGAUGUCAAAUUCAAAGACACUCCUUGUAGUUUUGGUGCUUUUUUUGCUGGUUUUGUGAGGAAGAUUUUUAUUUAUGUGACCCAAACCCUUUUUGUGUUAUUGUUAUGACAGUCCUCAUAUUUUUAAGUCAUUAA